UUUCUCCGACUUGACCACAACAAAAAUGGCGCCGACGUCGGAACGCCGUUCAGCGUUUGUCUAUGCAAUCAACGGUUUUCUUCUGUGAGGGGCGGGACUUUCACCUUAAGCUCCUCUACCUCCGCGUUUGAUUGGUUGGCGUUCAUGACUGCCGGAAGAACGUUUCACAAGAGGGAACAUUUCAAAUCGCGAAGAAGCGCUUCUUAGCAUCUGAGAGGAGUUUGGCUACACAAACAAUGCUGCGAGCUGGGAAAGGGAGGACUCCUCGAAGGCCCAAAAAGCCAUCCAACAUAGAGAAAGAUCCUGUGGGGGUUUACUGCCGCAUACGUCCACUUGGAGGGGAAGAUGAGGAAUGCUGUGUUGAGAUGAUCAGCAACUCCACCAUUCAGUUGCAUGCUCCUGAUGGGCUGAAAGCCAACCGCAAUGGUGAAUAUAAGGAGAUGCAAUACUCCUUUAAAAAGGUGUUUGGUAUUAAGACCACUCAAAUUGAGCUGUUUGAAGAUGUUGCCAAACCCCUCAUAGAGGACCUCAUUCACUGUAAAAAUGGUCUGUUGUUUACAUACGGUGUGACAGGAAGUGGUAAAACGUACACCAUGACUGGCUCACCUGGAGAAGGUGGACUCCUUCUUCGUUCUCUAGGCAUGCUCUUCAAUAGCAUCGGGCCUUUUCAGGCCAAAAGAUUUGUGUUUAAACCAGAUGACAAAAAUGGAAUAGAGAUUCAGAACCAGGUUGAUGCUCUGCUUGAGAGGCAGAAGCGAGACAGUCAGCAGUCGGUGCCCAAAACGCCAUCCUCCAGACCGAAGGUUGAUCCAGACUUUGCGGAUAUGAUUAACCCAGAUGAAGCAUGUAAAUCUGAGAGCGUCGACGAAGACUGCUGCUACAGCAUAUUCGUGUCCUACAUAGAGAUCUACAACAACUAUAUAUAUGACCUCCUUGAAGAUGCCCUAUUUGAUCCAAUCAGAGCAAAGUGGCUUGAUGGAAACACGCCUCUACGGAACAAAGAGUUCAUACCACCUCAGUCAAAGAUUCUUCGCGAGGACCAGAACCAUAACAUGUAUGUGGCUGGCUGCACAGAAGUUGAAGUCAAAUCCACAGAAGAGGCUUUUGAAGUCUUCUGGAAAGGACAAAAGAAAAGACGGAUAGCAAACACUGAGCUCAACCGUGAGUCCAGUCGCUCCCACAGUGUGUUCACAGUAAAGCUGGCCCAAGCACCUCUUGAUGCUGAUGGUGACCAUAUACUGCAGGACAAAAACCAGGUGAAUGUGAGCCAGCUGUGCCUGGUCGACCUGGCGGGCAGUGAACGCACCAACAGAACCAGAGCAGAAGGAAGUCGCCUUCGAGAAGCAGGUAAUAUUAACCAGUCCUUGAUGACGCUGCGGACUUGUAUGGAAGUCCUACGUGAAAACCAGAUGUGUGGAACUAAUAGGAUGGUGCCAUACCGGGACUCUAAAGUCACACAUCUGUUUAAAAACUACUUUGAUGGAGAAGGAAAGGUCAGGAUGAUUGUGUGCGUCAACCCCAAGGCUGAUGAUUAUGAAGAAACUUUGCUGGUGAUGCGCUUUGCCGAGAUGACCCAGGAAGUAGAGGUGGCUCGGCCUGUGGAUCGUCCAAUCUGUGGCCUCACACCAGGGCGGAGACAAAGAAACCAGGCCUUCAAAGAUGAGCUGUCACGCCGCCUGGAAGAAAGAGGAGGUCCAUGUAAUGCAGAAAACCCAGUUCUGCUGAACCAGCUCAUAGAAAGCCUCCCGCCACUGCCUCCCUGUGAGCUCUCAGACCCCUCUGAUGAUCAGGCAUUGCCGCGUCUGAUUGAGGUUCUGGAGAGACGGCACCGUAUCCGUCAGAUGAUGACAGAACAGUUCAAUCAAACUGCAAAUACCAUGAAGUCCCUGCUUCAGCAGUUUGACAGUCAGCUCAAUGCUAAGGAGACUGUAGUAUAUGAUCAACGAAGCAAACUGGGGGAGAAGGACAAAGUCAUUGUCAACCAAAGGACGGAGAUUGAACGAUUAGAAAAGAAAUCUAAGACUUUGGAAUACAAGAUUGACAUUCUGCAGAAAACAACCGGGAUGUAUGAGCAGGACAAACGCUCACUUCAGCAGGAGCUGGAGGGCAGAGAGCAGAGGCUGCACAAAGAACUGGCAGAGAGGAGGCGCAUGGAGCAGCGGAUGCAGGGCAUGGUGACAGACACCAGACUCAAAUGGGAGAAGGAGUGUGAGAGGCGAGUGAAUGCCAAGCAGCUGGAGAUGCAGAACAAGUUGUGGGUGAAAGACGAGAAGCUGAAGCAGUUAAAAGCCAUAGUGACGGAGAACGGUGACCCUGGUAGCGGUCCCACAGAACAGCCAGGGAAACCCGAGAGACCCUCCAGAGAGAGAGAUCGGAACAUUGCUCAGAAGCGGUCUGCUUCUCCACCACCUCUCCCUGACUUAGGCCAAACGCCUCUCAACCAAAACCAAGCCAGUGUUAGGGCAGUUCAGGACCCUUUGCCCACCUCCACUUCCUCCUCAUCCUUUCCCUCAGUAGCUUCCUGCAUCUCAGAUUGGGAGCAGAGGUUCCCGAUAGACUCAGACAGCCAGUCUAGACAACCAGGAACGCCCCAGUUUGGCAGACGGACUCCCGCCCCGUGCCACAGUGCCAGCAGCGUGGGUCGCAGGAGAGGCCAGCGCUGGGCCCCAGAGACUAAGGCUCCUGCUACAACUUCUGUCUAUGAGCUAGACAAAGAGGCAGGCACAAGGGGCAAUGUUUUCAAGACCAGAGGUGGAGGACAAGCUGUACAGUUCACUGAUAUUGAGACUCUAAAGCAGGAGUACCCAACAGUGCCUAGCCGCAAAAGGCGAUCAGGCUCUGCAGAGGGACCAGCUCAAACAGACAUUGAAAACCGGGCUCCGAUGGCAAACACAAGUUCAAGCCAUGGUUAUCAAAAGCGCAGAAGACCUUAAGAUGCUGCAAAGAAGAUUUUUUUUUUUCUUACCAAAAAAACCAAACUGUUGCCUGUUAAAUCAGUAAAGGAGGAUAACUCUUCUGCUCUACCUGAUUAUAUCAAACAUUACUAUGGUGCAAUUAUAAUUUAAUCAAUGCUCAAUUAUAUAGUUAUUUGUUGGAUUAUACCAACAAGAUUGCUUUUUCCUUUUUGAAUGCUGGAGUUCUUUCAGCUUGAAGACAGAGGUUUAUUGUAGCUUUUGUCUGCUUCAUGCUGCCGCCCGAUGUAUGUGUUGUGAAACUUUUUUUUUUUUUAUGUCUCUGCUUGUUUUUUUUCCCUUGAGUUGUUUGAUGUAUUAAAUGUCACAUUGUGUAAGUAUACAUUUGAUCAUAAAAAAAUUGUUUUAGGAUUUAAAGCAUGUGGAUCCACAAAUGUAAAUGCUGUCAUGAAGUGGAGCUGACCACCUGUAAAUAAGCUUUUUACUUUACCUAAACAAGUGUAGCACACUAGGAUUUAUGGUGACAUUAAAUUUAUUUAGAUACCA